AUGACGGUCCACGAGCCGGAGACGCGCGACCGCAGCGACACGGGCCGGGAGAAGGUGAAGGCGGCGCAGGCGUCGCGCCUCGCGGACGAGGAGCGGAGGAAGCGCGAGGCCGCGGACGCGACGGGCCUGCGCAGGCGGGCGCUCGAGAGCGCGCUCCAGCGGUCCGACUCCAUCUUCCCGCUGCCGGAUAUUCGGGCGCUCGGCUGCCUGGGGCCGGACAACGAAUUUCGGCUGCGGGUCGCGCUGCUCGUGGACCACCCGCGCUUCGACCAGGUCAUCCUGCUCCUCAUCCUCGUGUCGACGGCGUUCCUCGCCAUCGACUCGCCGCUCAACGCGCCGUGCUCGACGCUGUCCCUGUUCCUGGCGCUGAGCGACUGGUUCUUCACGCCCAUCUUCAUCAUGGAGAUGGUGCUGAAGGUCAUCGCGGUGGGCGCGAAGCCCUACAUCGGAAACGGGUGGAACCAGUUGGACUUCCUCGUCGUCGCGACGUCGACCUACGGCCUCACGACGGGCGCGCCGACGCUCACGUGCACGGGCGGCGGCUCGAGCGUGGCGUCGCUCAAGGCGCUGCGGGCCAUGCGCGCGUUCAAGCCCCUCCGGGCGAUGAAGCGCGCGGCGGGCCUCCGCGCGCUCAUCGACGCGCUCCUGGGCUGCAUUCCCUCCGUGCUGGAGGUCUGCGCCGUGUGCAUGCUGUUCUUCCUCGUGUUCGCGAUCUUCCUCGUGAGCUUCCUCAAGGGGCGGCUGCGCCACUGCGGCGACGCGCGGUUCUGGGAAGCGUCGGAGCCGCCGACGUACGCGUCGCUGGAGGACGCGGGCGACGACACGCUGUGCCGGUGCUGGGGCUACCGCUGGACGCCCGUCGUGUCCCAGUCCUUCGACAACGUCUUCGUCGCCACGCUCAGCCUCUUCGAGAUGGCGACGACCGAGGGCUGGAUCGACGUCAUGUACGCCGCCGUCGACUCGACGGGCCGCGCGAACAUGCCCCGGCGCGACGAGAACCCGGGCUGGUACGCCGUGUUCCUCAUCUUCAUGCUCGUGGGCAGCUUCCUGUUCCUGAACCUCUUCGUCGGCGUCGUCUGCGACUCCUUCGAGAAGAUGCGC